AUUUGAUUGAUCUUUUUCAGAGGAAAAAUGACUGCUGGAGGUGCUAAAAGUGUCGGAGCCGGGGGUCUCAUGAGAUCCAAGAACAGUAAGCCGGAGGAGAUCAGAAAGAGUAAUAUCCAGGCUGGAAAGGCUCUAGCUGACGCUGUCAGGACUAGCCUGGGACCCCGCGGUAUGGAUAAAAUGAUCCAGGACGCGAAGGGGGAGGUUACAAUCACCAACGACGGAGCAACUAUCUUGAACCAGAUGAAUGUAGUUCACCCUGCAGCAAGGAUGCUCGUAGAGCUUAGCAAAGCUCAAGAUAUCGAAGCUGGAGACGGAACCACCUCCGUUGUCAUUUUGGCUGGAAGCUUACUUGAAGCUGCUGACAAGCUGCUGCAGAAGGGAAUUCACCCAACAUCCAUCUCGGACAGUUUCCAGAAAGCUGCCGCCAAAUCUGUCGAUAUUCUGACAAGUAUGGCGAUCCCAUUAGAUCUGAAUGACAGAGAAAGCCUCCUGAAGUCCGCCAACACCUCCCUCAACUCCAAGGUUGUGUCGCAGAACAGCGCCGAACUCUCACCCAUCGCCGUGGACUCUGUGUUGAGGAUCAUCGACCCCGCCAGGGACAACAACGUGAACCUGAAGGAUAUCAAGAUCGUGAAGAAGCUUGGAGGAACUGUUGAUGAUACUGCUCUAGUAGAAGGUCUAGUCCUGGAGCAGAGAGCGUCCAAUGUGAACGGACCUAAGAGGGUUGAGAAGGCAAAGAUUGGAUUUAUUCAAUUUCAGGUUUCUCCUCCUAAAACUGAUAUGGAUAACCAGGUAGUUGUAUCUGAUUAUGCUGCUAUGGAUCGUGUAUUGAAAGAGGAGCGAGCAUAUAUCCUCAACAUUGUCAAACAGAUCAAGAAAGCAGGUUGCAACGUUCUUCUCAUCCAGAAAUCCAUCUUGAGGGACGCUCUCUCCGACCUCGCCAUCCAUUUCUUUGACAAGAUGAAGAUCAUGGUUGUGAAGGAUAUAGAGAGGGAGGAUGUGGAGUUCCUGUGCAAGGCGCUGAGCUGCAGACCUAUUGCCAGUCUGGAUCAUUUCACAGCAGAGAACCUCACCUCGGCAGAAUGUGUAGAGGAGAUCCAGACUGGAACCAGUAAGUGUGUCAAGUUUACCGGGAUUCAGAACCCUGGCAAAACUGUUUCAAUCAUUCUACGCGGAUCUAACAAACUUAUGCUGGACGAAGCGGACAGAUCUCUUCAUGACGCACUCUGUGUCAUCCGUUGUCUGGUGAAGAAAAGAUUUCUGAUUGCUGGAGGCGGAGCCCCCGAGACUGAGAUCUCCAGAGAGCUCAUGCUUCACGCAAACACCCUCACAGGGGCGGACGCAUACUGCUUCAAGGCAUUCGCCGAGGCGAUGGAAAUCAUUCCCUACACCCUCAGCGAGAAUGCCGGGCUCAAUCCCAUUGGAACCGUUACAGAGCUCAGAAAUAGACAUGCUAUGGGUGAGAAGGCUGCUGGAAUCAAUGUAAGAAAGGGAGCUAUCACCAACAUUCUGGAGGAGAACGUGGUUCAACCCCUCCUUGUCUCUACCAGUGCUAUCACGCUUGCAUCCGAGUGUGUUCGUUCUAUCCUCAAGAUUGAUGAUAUUGUAAACACAAUCCGUUAAACGGCCACAUUUUAUCCAACCUAUGCUUGCACUUUUAUUAACCAAUACUCACACAGUUAAGUCCAGGUGAUUCAUAUACAAUUGAUUUCAGAA